CAAUACCCCACCCGAACGUUCGCCGGUGCUGCUUGCAGAUUCGGGGACUCGAGAGCUGGAGCCCGUUCAGCAUCGUGUCGUCAAUCGAUUCCCCCGGCUGAAUUACAGGCUCAAGCCCACCUCGAACGAGUCCUACGGAUGCCCUCGAGGCAGAAUUAUCGAAAAUUCCGCCCCCAUACAUCCCCACGAAACCCUCUCCUAGCCGAUCCGUCGGUGUUCGCGCGCAGGAACCGCCCGCAUCGGCCCGUCGAACACCCCUAGUCCGUCUCGAUAGGGGAGGGAGCCCGCCGCCUGCCCAGAUCGAGCUUGCAGAGUACCCGACAGCCGCGGCGCGCGAGUAUCGCGAGUUUGCACGCGAGCGCCAGCGUAAGUACGACAUCAAGCGGGCCGAGAAGCGGAGGUGGCUCGAGCAGCAGGACGAGAUGAAGUUCUCCCACAGCAUCCAGUUCAACGCCGUUCCGGACUGGAGCAACCACUACAUCGCUUAUAGCAAUCUCAAGAAGCUCAUAUACCAGCUCGAGAAGGCCAUCCACCUGCCUGCCGGAGACGCCGAGUCCCGGCCGCUGAUCCGGAACGAUGAUCCCGAAGCCGUCUUCAGUCGCGCUCUCGACGUCGAGCUCGAAAAGAUAACCUCGUUCUACGUCCUCAAGGAGAAGGAGCUGCUUGACGAGGUAGAAAUCCUCCUCAGGGAUGUCGACGAGUUCGAGCAGGAGGCGGGCGUCACCGAUGACGUUCGCCCGCCUACCCGCGCGAGCGAUAGGACAAACAACGAGAGGCAUCGUCGGCCCAGUAGCACGCACAGUCGCCACUCCACCGAGGACGGCAGGUACGAAGAUAGUGACGACGAAGGAGACGAGGGGGCCGGCCUGACCGCCAAGAGGCGGAGCAUCAGCCGAGGGAGGCGCACCUCCGCGUGGCACCCAAGGUUGGCGUCGACCGACAUGACAGCGUCAACCGAACUCACGCGGUCCAUGCGGAGGAUGAGCGCGACCUACGACGACUAUGCCGAGCAAGCCGUGCUGUACUCGUCCGGCAUCAUGCUCAAGAAGCGAAUGAUCAACCUCUAUGUCCAGCUGUGCGAGCUCAAGUCGUACAUCCAGCUGAAUCGGACCGGCUUUAGCAAGGUUCUCAAGAAGUUCGACAAGAUCAUCGACCGCAAUUUGCGACCCCGGUACAUGGAGACCUAUGUCGAGACUGCCUACCCCUUCCGCCCCGAAACCACCAAGGGUUUGGAAGAGCGGAUAUCCCAGAUGGUGCAGGCCUACACCGUCAUCGUCACCAACGGUGAUGCCGAGGCGGCCAUCCGCGACCUGAGAUCGCACCUGAGAGAGCACGUCGUUUGGGAACGGAACACGGUCUGGAGGGAUCUGAUCGGCCUGGAGAGGAGAGCCGAGGCGGCGAGCCUGGGCCAUACCCUUCUCGGCGUUGACGCGGAUGCCCAGAGGACGCGGCUGCAAGGCGACGAUGAGAUUGUGCUGCCGGUUAUGAAGAUCACCACGCCCCUGGGCCGCUUCGCCUUGCCGGUUUGGCUGCUCAGCUCCACGACGCUCACCCUCGUCAUCAUCGUCGCCCUGUUCUUCGCCGUCAUGUACGUCCCGAUCAUGGAGAGACCCGAGCAGCAGAACUGCCUGGCCAUGCUGGUGCUCGUCAGUCUGCUCUGGGCCACCGAGGCGCUGCCCCUGUUUGUCACCUCGCUCAUCAUCCCUUUCCUCUGCGUCGUCCUCCGGGUCUUCCGAGGCGCGGACGCGCCUCACGCGAGGCUGGGCUCCAAGGAGACCACCGCCGCCGUGUUCGCCGCCAUGUGGACGCCCGUCAUCAUGCUCCUGCUCGGCGGUUUCACGCUGGCAGCCGCGCUCUCCAAGUGCGGCAUCGACAAGCGCAUCGCCACCUUCGUCCUGAGCAAGGCCGGCACGCGCCCCAAGACCGUCCUCAUUGCCAACAUGGGCGUCGCCGCCGUCGCCAGCAUGCUGAUCAGCAACGUCGCCGCGCCGGUCCUCUGCUUCGGCAUCAUCGAGCCCAUGCUCCGCAACCUGCCCGCGGGCUCCCCCAUGUCCAAAGCCGUCAUCAUCGGCAUCGCCCUGGCCUCCAACAUCGGCGGCAUGCUCUCCCCCAUCGCCUCGCCGCAAAACGUCGUCGCCAUCGGCAUCAUGGAGCCCGAACCGACCUGGGGCCAGUGGUUCUUCAUCGCCAUCCCCGUCGGCCUCCUCUCCCUCGUCCUCAUCUGGCUGCUCCUCCUGCUCGCCUUCAAACCCGGCCGCAGCACCACCAUCGUGCCCGUGCGCCCCGUGCGCGAUCCCUUCACGGGCAUCCAGUGGUUCGUCUCGGCCGUGACGGUCGUCACCAUCGCCCUCUGGUGCGCCUCGCACAGCCUCGAGGGCGUCUUCGGUGACAUGGGCGUCAUCGCCAUCAUCCCCAUCGUGCUCUUCUUCGGCGUCGGCAUCCUGACCAAGGAGGACUUCAACAACUUCCCCUGGACCAUCAUCAUCCUCGCCGCCGGCGGCCUCUCCCUCGGCAAGGCCGUCAACUCGUCCGGCCUGCUGCACACCGCCACCAAGGCCAUCACCCACCGCGUCGAGCAGUACAGCCUCUACGGCAUCCUCGUCGUCUUCUCCAGCCUCAUCCUCGUCAUCGCCACCUUCAUCAGCCAUACCGUCGCCGCCCUCAUCAUCCUCCCCCUCGUCUUCGACGUCGGCAAGGGCCUCGAGGAGCCCCAUCCGAACCUGCUGGUCAUGGCCGGCGUGCUGAUGUGCAGCGCCGCCAUGGCCCUGCCCACGAGCGGGUUCCCUAACAUGACUGCCAUCAUGAAGGAGGAUCCCGCCGGCCAGCGGUAUCUGAAGGUCAAGCACUUCAUCCGGGUCGGCGUGCCCAGCAGCCUGAUCUCGCUUGUCGUGACGGUCACUGUGGGCUAUGUCGUGAUGAGGGUGACAGGAAUGUAAAUCGGGGGGGUAUUGCGGACGUAACAUUAUUUUCCAUACACUGAAUCAAGGGGGAUCUAAUAAUGGUCGGCCAAGCGGGGUAAGAGGAAGACGGGACUUUGUAUCAAUCUCGGAUGGGCGCGUCUCUGGAAGGCCGCAUCUGUCUUAGUUGAUUAUGUGCGUGACAGGUUGGGGAAUGGGGUAUGUGACUACCUGCAUUAGAUGAUUUAAGGGCAUAUAGAUGAGAGACUCGGUUCCCUCUUACCUUAUUAAAGCAAAGCUUCAAUUGACGAAGUCUCUGAGA